AUGGGAAGCAACCAGACAUGGAUCACAGAAGUCACCCUGCUGGGAUUCCAAGUUGAUCCACCACUGGCAUUUCUCCUGUUUGGAGUUUUCUCUCUUUUCUAUAUACUCACUCUUCUAGGAAAUGGGGUCAUCCUUGGGAUUAUCUGCCUGGACUCCAGACUGCACACCCCUAUGUACUUCUUCCUCUCACAGCUGGCCAUCAUUGACAUGUCCUAUGCUUCCAACAACGUCCCCAAGAUGCUGGCAAAUCUUGUGAAUGAGAAGAGAACUAUUUCCUUUGUUCCAUGUAUAAUGCAAAUGUUCUUAUGUUUGGUUUUUGCUGCUACAGAGUGCCUGAUUUUGGUAGUGAUGUCCUAUGACCGGUACGUGGCCAUCUGCCGCCCCUUACAUUACACUGUCAUCAUGAGCUGGAGAGCGUGCACCAUCCUGGCUGUCUCCUCCUGGGUGUGUAGUUUCCUUCUGGUUCUGAUCCAUUUGGUCCUCAUCCUGAGGCUGCCCUUCUGUGGGCCUCAUGAAAUCAACCACUUCUUCUGUGAGAUCCUGUCUGUCCUCAAGCUGGCCUGUGCUGACACCAGGCUCAACCAGCUGGCCAUCGUCGCAGUUGGGCUGUUCAUCCCAGUGGGGCCCUUCUGCCUGGUGCUGGGCUCCUACUCGCGCAUAUUGCUGGCCAUCCUGAGCAUCCGGUCAGGGGAGGGCCGCAGGAAGGCCUUCUCCACCUGCUCUUCCCACCUCUGUGUGGUAGGGCUCUUCUUUGGCAGCGCCAUUGUCAUGUACGUGGCCCCCAAGUCCCGCCAUCCUGAGGAGCAGCAGAAGAUCCUUUCUCUGUUUUACAGCCUUUUCAAUCCCAUGCUGAAUCCCCUGAUCUACAGCCUGAGGAGCACAGAGGUCAAGGGGGUCCUGAGGAGGGCACUCAGGAAGGAGAGGCCCAUGUGA